UUUGGCAGAUUGCUUAUGGCGAUAUGUCAAAUUCCAAACUAAACUUGUCUGGGACAAUUUCGUGUUGGUUCUACUAAAAUAACAUCUUUUUCUUUAUAUUUAUACAGUAUUCUUUAUAUUAAAUGUAGUUCUUGUUUAAAAUUCAUAUGUGAUUUGUGUCAAGUGCCAAAUUGAUGUUUCGACAUUACUGGUAUUAUGAAUCAGGCUGAUCAAAAUAUAAACAAAGAUAUGUUCGAUUCUGAUCUGAUCGACGUGGAAUCUUUGGAUUUUUCCGAUAACCAGACAUGGUUGUACACAGUCCCCAAUGACUCUGGCAAUAAGGUGGACAUUGUGGAUUGGAACCUGUCCUGCGACUGGCCCGGCAACGAAGACAAUGAUUACCAGCGGAUGGAAAAGGAACUCAACACACUCCUCGAUGAUAUACUUAAAAAUGAAGUCCUCUCAAUGCCAGAUAAGCACAAAUUCGACUCCCGCACAUACGUCAAGCCGAAGAAACGCGUCCAGCGUCCGUCUAUACAGAGCAUCGUCGAGGUUUCUUCCAACAACGCAUCGCCGAACAACUCGCUGCAUCAGUCCGCCAACAAAUACCUGACGUACAACAAAUACAGCAUGCCUUUGGGGCCCAUCAGUCCCAUGCUGAGGCUGAAGACGUUCAAUGUGGAUACGAAUACAGAUAACAGUACGGCGGUCAAAGAGUACGCGAUGAAGAGACGGAGUUUAGUACAAGAUGACGAUCCACAGUUGGAAGACUUAGACGUGACGCUGGCGUCCGAGGUUUCGGACCGGCUGUCGUCGGAGCACCUGCCGUCCAAACCGAUCAACAUAGACCUGUCACAACCGGCGCACAACCUGCACAAUACAUUCAACAAAGGUCUAACAAACAUGAUGAACGAGCGCGGCAGUCUGAACAUGUACCAAAGCGGCGAGUCGCUGAUGAGGAUGUCUCCGCCGAGCCUGGUGUCCUCUCUGCUCAUGGAGAGCUCCGGCACCUUCAACCCCGAGUCUCUGGACAGCAGGAAGUCUAUCACCUCGCACAGGGACUCUGGUAUUCCACCGUCCGGUCGCGACAGCAUCGAUCCCAUGAUGACGAGUAUGACCUUAAGUAUUCUAGACGAAAAGGACAUGAGCACAAGUUUCCUCUCACAAACCACGUACCCAGACAACGAUAGUUUGAUGGACUCCCUCCCGCCUAGCCUCGUCAGCUCCGUCAACUCUUCCUACGUCGUCUCCAACACGUCCAAGCCCAAAACAGACACUCCGGAUUCCAACAUCUUCAGUUCGGCCACGUUCACACACCUGGAACAAUCAGAAAAACUCCUCUCAGCCAGACCAAGGUGCCAACUCUUCAACAGCUUCACAAGACGAGAAUCGGGCCUAAGAAAUUCGGAAAGCUACACAAAAUCACGAGAGGAAGCCUGCCAAAUAGACACGAGCAAAGUCCUCAAUGAAAACUGCGACAACAAAGACUCGCCCAAAACGAUUCCGAAGUCGAGUCCCGAUAUGACGGAGACGAUAACGCUGCACUACUCCAACACAAAGUUCAGACGAAACAACGAUUCUGAAAAGGAGAACUUGAAUGCGACUUUCGAACAGGACGACGCGUUCUACAAAGAUAUGGGCAUGCAGAGGACGGUUGAUCUGGGCAAAAACAGUCUGAACGUCACGCUCGAUAAACAGGAGUUGAACGAGAUAAUUCAGGCGCGACAAAAGAUAUCUUUAGCUCGGAAGGCGUUGCCGACGGAGCCGGAUAAGCUUCCGAAUCAGCCGGACCCAUCGCCGAUAAAGACGAUUCAGCUGCCGAAUCAGACGAUCACAGUGCCAAGACAGAGUAUGGAGAAUGCGUCAGAGCUAUUGUCGAGGCGGAGAGUGGUGAAUGGGGGCUUUGACAGACACGAGGAGCCGCCGGCGAGGGAGACUCCCAAACGGAACGCGACCUUCAAGAAAGCAUCUCCGAAGAUGAGCUCGAUGGAUACGACAGUGGUGUAUGUGAAGGCUGAAGAACCGAACCAGAUGAUCGACAUCAAUUCGGCGACCUUGAACCUGAUCGAUGCGAGCGAAAGGACGCUGCAGCAAGAGGAAUGGGGUUCCCAGGAGCGCGCGAUGGUGGGUUCAAGUGAGAGCACAGACACGGGCACGUUCAGUUCAUCCAGUCCGCCUGAUAGCGUGCCAGACACCGCCGCUCAUGACCCUCGCGCACAAAUAGCUUCCACCCCUCUAAUGACACUGAAGAAGGGAUCCAAGAACGACCUGCUAAACCUGCACAGCACGAUAUCCCCCAUAUACGAUAUGAUCGACGACAAAUCCUACACCUUGACCAAGGUAGCGAGCACAAACUCCUCAGGGAUGGAGAGAACUUAUGACAUGCACAAUACCACGGUCAUAAACAGUGCCACAAUGGUCAAGAAGUCGUCGGCCAAAAGGGAUAUAUUAGCAUCGAAGACUAGUCCUGAAAAGAAGAUCCUGGGACCUACUCCUCAAAGGUCACCGCCUAGUAGAAUGUCUCCAACGCAUGCAGGGUCAUACGGCAUGGCGCCUCCCACCGCGGUCCCUAGGAAGACCGGUUUGCCAACGUCGAAGCUUAGGCAAUACAGUUCGCAUAGGGAGCUUAGCAGGAUACCUGGCAAUCCCACGCCGCUGUCCCGCACGGCGGUGACGCGAGGGACGGGCGGGAUGGCACGGCGCGGCGUGUACGCGUCCAACCCGGCGCUCAGCCCCACCGCGCCCGCGCCGCCGCUGCGCCGGGACUCCUACACGCUCGCCGCCGAGCCGCAGAAAGAAGAAGAGAAGACAGCGCCCAAAGUACCGCCCACGCCCGCGCUCGUGCGGCAAGGGACUGAGACGCUGCGCCGGGAGCGGCCCCAAAGCCAGCUGGUGGCGCCCAGAGAUCUUCGAGGCGCGGCGGGCAGCGGCGUGCCGGUGUCGAUGCGAAGCCACCACAUACCCCCACCAACGACACGACCGUACUCGAUAGCGGGGGCGUCACAACUCCGCGUCUCAAGGCCGACGUCUGUUCCUUUACAAAAACCAGCUCCAGUGCCAGUAGUGACGACGGAACAACCGCGGCCGGCGUCAAGCUCAGAAGCGCGAGUUUCUGCGUUGCCGAGGCCUUCGCGACUGCCUGCGCCACGCCGCGCGCUAAGGCCCCCAUCGGUGUAUUCCGUCGCGCCGACGGACGCGGAGCAAUACUGACCCGCGUGUUGCGGGCUCUGGCCGCGCUCACCUCACGACUGAUCAGAGUAACGCUGUCUUCGCAGCCAUUUGGCGCCUGCGGACUUUUUAGGCUAAAAACUCACGCGGAUUAUCAGCUCGCGGUUGUGGAAUGAGGGUUUUCGCGAAUGAAAAAUCCGCCAGAUGGCAAUACGUAGA